AUGACUGUUCCUUUUUUGAUCCAGGUGUUUGAGGAUGGAGCUGACACAACGUCCCCAGAAACCCCGGAAUCUGCUGCCAUGAAGGUCCCCAAGAGAGAUUCCGUGGAUGCUGCCAAGACCAGCAAACUGGAGGAGGAGAAUCUCCGUGCCCAGGUCAGGGACCUGGAGGAGAAGCUGGAGACACUGAAGAUCAAACGGAAUGAGGACAAGGCAAAGCUCAAAGAGCUGGAGAAGUACAAGAUCCAGCUGGAGCAGGUGCAGGAAUGGAAGAGCAAGAUGCAGGAGCAGCAGGCCGACCUCCAGAAGCGCCUGAAGGAGGCCAAGAAGGAGGCCAAGGAUGCCCUGGAGGCCAAGGAGCGGUACAUGGAGGAGAUGGCGGACACGGCCGACGCCAUCGAGAUGGCCACGCUGGACAAGGAGAUGGCCGAGGAGCGCGCCGAGUCCCUGCAGCAGGAGGUGGACUCCCUCAAGGAGAAGGUGGAAUAUCUCACCAUGGACCUGGAGAUCCUCAAGCACGAGAUCGAGGAGAAAGGCUCUGAUGGAGCAGCAUCCAGCUACCAGGUCAAACAGCUGGAGGAGCAGAACGCCCGGCUCAAGGAGGCCCUGGUCAGGAUGAGGGACCUGUCGGCCUCGGAGAAGCAGGAGCACGUGAAGCUGCAGAAGCAGAUGGAGAAGAAGAACACGGAGCUGGAGUCGCUGCGGCAGCAGCGGGAGAAGCUGCAGGAGGAGGUGAAGCAGGCGGAGAAGACGGUGGAUGAGCUGAAGGAGCAGGUGGAUGCAGCUCUGGGUGCUGAGGAGAUGGUGGAGACUCUGACUGAGAGAAACCUGGACCUGGAGGAGAAGGUCCGGGAGCUGCGUGAGACCGUCGGGGACCUGCUGGGCCGGGCUGUGCCGGGGUGCAGAGCAGUUGGUGAUGUCCCACAGGCCAUCGAGAUGGAGCUGCGGCAGAUGGAAGUGCAGCAGGCGAACCGCCACGUGUCCCUCCUCACCUCCUUCAUGCCCGACAGCUUCCUGCGGCACGGCGGGGACCACGACUGCGUCCUGGUGCUGCUGCUCAUCCCCCGCCUCAUCUGCAAGGCGGAGCUGAUCAGCAAACAGGCCCAGGAGAGGUUCGAGCUGAGCGAGAGCUGCGCGGAGCGCGCGGGGCUGCGCGGGGCCGCGGGGGAGCAGCUCAGCUUCGCCGCCGGGCUCGUGUACUCCCUGAGCCUGCUCCAGGCCACGCUCCACAAAUACGAGCAGUGA